AUGCCUCCCCGCAAGCCCCGUUGCAACUUCAAGGAGUGCAAGGAAGCCGCCCAGCGCAUCGUCGGCGACUGCAGCUUCUGCGCUGGCCACUUUUGCUCUAAGCAUCGCAUGCUGGAAGCACACUCCUGCAGCGGGCUGGAGGACUGCAAGAAGGAGAGUCAUGCUCGUAACGCUGAUAAGCUGAACAGCGAGCGGACUGUUGUUGUGAAGGGCCGGGACUGUUCUCUGUUCUUUCUGCCUGAACAGGACACAGGACAGAUGGGGCUAUCUCCCCGUCUCCACCCCAUCCUCAUCUCCAACUCCGUCUCCGCAGGUGUCGCCUCGCCUACUUGCCUUUUCUUUCCCGUUUUGUCUGUCGCAGUGAUCUCGGAUUUAGCGCGGUGUUUCGUUCUACUUGAUCUUGGAUUCCUUGGAGAUGAGUUGUUCUGGUUUGGUUUGAUCUAUAUCUAG